AGGGAGAGAGACGAAUCCCAUUUGCUGUCACUCGCAUUAUCGGGGCUCGCGAACACCCUCGCUUUUGAGUUUGUUGUGGUUGCACUUGUUGAGGUUGUUGUUGUUGUUUUCUCUCUGCUCUACAGUAACAUAGAUUUUCCACACGAACAUAGAUAGCAGCAGCCAUUUUUCUUUUUUCUUCUCUCUCCUGGCCUACACUCCUUCUCCGUGGUUUUGUGUUAGAUUUCCCUUUCUAGACUGCAUCUCCUUUAAACUUUUUUUUGAGGGGUGAGUGUGUGUUUGUCCACAGAGUUUUUUUUUUCGCCUCUGAACAACGGCACUUCGUGCCGUCUCUUCUCGACUAUGGCGCGCUCCACGAAUGCCAAACGACGCCCUGCUAGUGCACGUCAGCAGCUCGAUGCAAAGGGCGUUCGGCAGCCCUCCACAGAAGAUGGAAACCGCAGCGACAGUUCUGCAUCGAUGGCCCUCACCACCACCUCGUCCACCACUGCGGAUCGUCGCGGCAGCAGCAGCAGCCCAUUCGGUUCGGCAAGGAACGCCGCUACAACCGUCACAUCUUCUGUCCCCUUGCUACGCUCCACGACGGAGAAGCCGUCACCAUCAGGUGUGUUGACCGUUCCACCGCGCAAACGCGCUCGAGGGUUCAGGACGAGUCACAGUGGCAGCGCCAGCAACGAGCGCCGCAGCCCGAGCGCCAGCAACGAGCGCCGCAGCCCGAGCGCCAGCGCCAUCACGGAGGGGCUGGAAGGCGCAACGAGAGGCACCCGAUCUCGCUACAGCGCCACCCAGCACCCACGCCCAUUGACAGGAAGUAAAAACUCUCCGCAUCACCGUUCACAAGACAGCGCCGCACGACUCGCAGAUAGCGCUGAGGACGAUGAGGUCUUCUUUGAGGCGUCCUCUCCGCGUACGGGCACGAACACCGCUGCCGCCACGCCGCUGCGUCAUCUGCAGGACACGCCUACCUCGCAGCUCCUCAGUCAGCUGCAGGACCUCCCCUACACCGCGCCGUCCGAUGAAAUCACAGGAGAGGAAACGGCAGCAGCUGCCCUCUUCACCCCAGCCACAGUGGCGCGUCGACGGACUCUACCAACGGUGGCCGGCGAAGGCAGUGUGAAUGAUCCGCGUGUGGGAGAGGCAAGGGACCCGACUCGGCGGACCACGGCGGCUUCGUUGUCGCCGUCUGGCUCGCGCAGCUCGGUGCACGACGAGGCCGUGCAAGCCAUCCUGCGCGCCAACCCACCCACCACGACGCGUCCCGUGGAGUUGAAGCCCGGCUAUCGAAUCCCCAGCCCCCACAGUCCUUUAUGGGCCGCGCUGGACGCGAGUGAUGUCGUAGCGGAAGACCGCCCCAUGCGCGGCAGCACGCGCAGCGAGGACGAGCCACAGUGGUCAAACACGCAAGUCAGUCUCUUCCAAGAAGACGAGGACGAGAGGGACACGGGCGUGGCGCACGACGCACUGAUGGAGUGGACGGCCGUGCAAGAGCGUCGACGUCUCGGCACACGCCGCGCCGCACCGGAUCGCGUCAGUCUCCCUGUCCCCGGCCGCUCCGUGAAUCUGCUGGAUGACGAAGGCCUGCACGAGGACGAGCGACUUCCUCUCUUUCUUGGUGAGCAAGACACGCCGAUUCGUCCGGACGGUGACGCAGCAGCGGACGAGAGCUUUGUGUUUUCCUUGACGCAGGAGGCAGACAACCAGGAAAGAGAGCAGGACCGUCAAGCGGCGCUGCCGCGCUCACGUAAUCGUCGCACCACCACCGGCGCGGCGGCAGCAGCAGCAACAACAAAUGCCUUCAGCACCCCCAGCCCGGCUCGACGGAGCACACGCACACGCUUCAAUGCCUCCCAGCAAUCCAGCCCGUUUACUCAGCUGCAGCGUGAUGUGGCGCUCGCCUCGAAAGCAGCGGUUGGACGGUCCUCCUCCUCGUCCCCUGUGAACGCCGCCGCCGCGAACCCUUCCACGAUGCUCUCACAGCGGGAGCAACGUCGACGGGCGGACAUGCUGAAGUGGGCCGAGCACACUCGCGCCUUCUUUCACUUCAUCGACUCGCUGCCCCUGCACGUCUCGAACUCUCCCUUGAAGCCCGCUUCUGCUCUCAACCCUCGUCAACAGCCACCACUGCAGCCGUCAACGUCACGCCGCAGUCGAAGCCAAAGUAUCGCCGCGGUGAGCAAAGACGCGCGGCGCAGCGGGGGCACCGUCGCGGCAUCGCUUAGUCUCGUGCGUCGCAGUCACAGUACGGUGGUCCCUGAUCCAGUUACGCGGCAUGGAAGCGCUGCUUUUGCGGCGGUGGUCUCGCGUGUGAAGCGAGAGGCGGCGACGGCAUCUAAACAACAGCAGCAACAUCAACAGCGUCGCUCUGCUACGGCGGCUUCUCGGGGCUCUGCUCCAUAA